AUGGAUUAAAAAGAGGACAAUAACAUUAUUAUUGAAGAAGAGGAAAAAUUUGGAACUGCUGAGGGCACAACCCAAUCAACUCUUGAGCAUUAAAACUUUGAAUUUGAAGCAGAACAUAGUUUUGAUAAUCUUUUCAAUGAAGCCCAGAAAGAUAGAGGCCAAGAAAAAAGAAGGGGAUCAUCAUUUAAAGGUACAAGUUUUGAGAAAAUGACUAGAACUGAAGAAGACGAGAAAGAGCUACACGCAUUCUUCUCAAAUUAAAGAUUAUAUAUGGUAUUUACUAAUGCAGGAAAACCAGUUUAUUCAAGUUAUGGCGAUAUCUAUUAGCUAUCUCCAAUUAUAGCUACGCUAUAUGCAAUUCUAUCAAAAGUUCACACAUUUGAGUUCCCAGAAUACGAAAAUCCUUUGAAAACUUUGGUAGUAGGUUCAAACAACAAUGAUAGUGAUGCAUUAAAUCAAUCACAUUCAAAAAUAUCAAAUAGACUAUCAAUGGCUUUUAAAUCGAUGAUUGAGAAGAAAGACAUAAAUAGAAAUACAAUAGUCCAAGAAGAGGUGAAGAAGGAGCGAACCGGCUUUGAAAAUGAAUAAGACAAAGUGUUUGUCACUAAAAUAGUUUAGAUUGCUACACUAUCUAGAAAUUUUAAAGUUGCCUUCCUACAUAAAGGUUAAUCUCUCAUUUACAUUGCUUUAAGCAGGGAUCAAUUCGAGUCAGUAUCAUUUAUGAAAAAACAGCUUGAAGUUCUGCACACGUAAUUCAUUUCACUAUAAACUUCAAAUCUGAUUAAGACUCUUAACAUAAAUCAGAGUUAUGAUGUGGCUAAUGAGCUUUACUAACAUUAAUUUCAAAUUAAGCAUCUCUGCGAUAAGAUGUAUAAGGAUCCUUAUACAUUUCUAAACCAAUUUCUACCUCUGAGACUACAUCCAAAGACUAGAGAACUGGUGGAUGAAACUUUAAGAAACAACAAGCCUUAAACAGAUAAAUACUACUUUGGCUUAGUAUUGAUGGAGGGCACAGUAGUCGGAGUAAUCAAGAAUGAAAUGAAAAUUACUGUUGUACCAACAGAUAUCAACAUGAUUAUGAAUUACAUCAAUACAAAUUUGCAUAAUUUGAGAACGAAGACUCCAUCAUUUGAAACCAUCUGCUUACCUGGUUUGACAGAAGAAUACAAACUAAACUUAUUUGUGCAUCUGGAGAAAGAUUCACCCUUCAAGGUCAUAUUUGCUUCUGACGAAAAUGGAGAAGAUCUUAUGCAAGAAUUCGAAAGAGCUUCAAAUAUGAUCAUCAAAGAGUUUGGUGAUUUAGAAAUUAUUGACAUUCUACUUGUAUGCGAGAGCAAAAUGGCUGAAAGAAUAAAUCUGAAGGAAGUUUAGAAUACUAUUAUUAGCAACUAAAAUCUGGAAUAAUUCACUGUCUAUAACUAUCCGAUCUCAGAUCUGCAGCAAAUAAAUUAUAAUUAACUUAGAAGCAUCUAGGAAUACGAGCAACUUUACGAAAGAUACCAGGCUUUCAACCCAAAGAAAGAUUUCUUUGCUAAAAAGGUUUAUGCCAUUGAUACCUAUGCAAUAUUAUCAUAGGGUGAUUACUGUGUAAUGGCAACUAUUUCCCACAAUAGAACGGAAAAAGAUGUAAAGGAAAUAUGCUAGAAUAUAUUGGAUGAUGCUAGACUUGAUGAGGGUAGCUCUUUCAUACCAAAAUGGUUUUGA